AUGGACUUCGUAGUAGGAUUACCCAGGACAAGGAAGGGUUUUGAUUCAAUUUGGGUGGUGGUAGACCGUUUGACUAAGGUGUCGAGAUUUAUUCCGAUGAAGGAAACGUGGAGCAUGAAGCAGCUAGCCGACGCAUACGUCAAAGAAAGCGUUCGACUUCAUGGUAUACCUAAAAGUAUCAUCUCAGAUAGAGACCCUCGACAUUUGUCACACUUUUUGGAGCAAUUACAAGAAGCCUUCGGGACAACAUUGAAAUUCAGCAUCGCUUUUCAUCCAGCGUCUGACGGCCAAACCGAGAGAACAAUCCAAACAUUGGAAGACAUGUUGAGAUUCCACCACUCCAGCAUUCAGAUGUCCCCGUAUGAAGCACUAUAUGGACGUAAAUGUAGAAUGCCAAUCUGUUGGGAAGAUCUAGAUCGCAUAGUUCCUGUUGGUCCCGAAUUGAUUCAAGAAUCCAUGGAGCAGGUAUCUCCUACUCCUGACGUUAAAUGUUUUGGGAUUGGCGGAAAGCUCAGUCCGAAGUUCAUUGGUCCUUAUGAGAAAUACUUCCAUGAUCCCUCACACAUGUUAACAUCUGAACAUCUACAGUUAGAUGAGAACCUCAGUUAUGAAGAACGACCACUAAAAAUCAUGGAUAAACGAGACAAAGUCUUGAGAAAUCAGACCAUUCCUUUAGUCGAGGUACUAUGGACAAAUCACAGAGUGGAAGAAGCAACAUGGGAAAGAGAGUUAAAUAUGCGUAAACGCUUCCCUCAAUUAUUUUGA